CCGAUCCGGAAGUGAGGUGCUCGGGGCGCCAACACCGCGGCGGGGUUGAAAGCGUAGCCAUCUGUGGUGUCGGAGUCGACCGGCUCUUUCCUUCAAGUUCCACCCCAGGCAAGAAGUCUCCAGAAUCCUGGUGGCCUACAGGACACAGGUCAGCCAGGUCGCUAAGUAGCCAGUGCCUACCAAAGACCGGAGCCACAACGGGCCGCCGGAAGCUUUUCUGUGAGAGGGGUCCGGAAGUAGGAGGCACGGCCCGGGGAAGGAUCCCGCGGGCCAUGGACCCGCCUCCCGGGGCCGGGCCGGCCUCCCUGCGCUUGGCAGCCGCCGCCAGCUGGCAAGUUGUACGCCGACGCUGUGUGGAGCAUUUUCCGCGAGUCCUGGAGUUUCUGCACUCGCUUCGCGCUGCCGCUCCGGGCUUGGUUCUCUACCGGCAUCAUGAACGCCUGUGUCUGGGACUAAAGGCCAAGAUGGUGGUGGAGCUGAUCCUGCAGGGCCGGCCUUGGGCUCACGUCCUGAACGUCCUGAAUCACCACUUUGCACAGUCUGGACCUAGAGUGCGGGACCCUAAAGCUACAAAACAAGAUCUGAGAAAGAUUUCGGAGGCACAAGAAACUUUUUGCCAGCAGGUGAAACAGCUCUCAGAGGACUCCGUGGAUUUGGCCGCCAACCUGCAGGAACUUGAACAAGAGUAUGGAGAACCUUUUCUUGCUGCCAUGGAAAAGCUGUUUUUCGAAUACCUGUGUCAGCUAGAAAAAGCACUGCCUACAUUGCAGGCAGAGAAGCUCCAAGAUGUGCUGAAUUGGUUGCAGCCUGGAAUUUCUGUGACCUCUUCUCUUACCCUGAGGCAGUAUGGUAUGGACAUGGAGUGGCCACUUCCAGAAAACUCUGACUUAGUGAAGCUGACAGAGUCUGUGAAACAGACUCCUCCUCCACAUCCCAAAGGAGUCCUCUACAGUCCUCUGCCAAAAGCUAAGCCUAGCCCCCAAGGACCAGCCUCAAGAAAGCAUCCAGAACUCUUAUCAGGCCACCACUUCAAUCUGGCCCCUCUAGGCCAGCGAAGAACCCACUCCCAAUGGACAUCUGCAAAGGGAGGGCACAAAGAGCGCCCCACGGUCAUGUUGUUCCCCUUUAGGAAUCUGAGCUCAUCAACCCAGGUUACAUCGAAGUCUGAAAGCAGAGAAGAACAAGGGAUACACACUGGAAACACAGCAGAUUCUGGGGGCACACGAGCAGCCUCCACUGGGAAGUCUAAGAAUCCAUCUCAGAGCCUAGGGGGAAAGGCUUUGGAGGAGAACUCAUCAGACUUGUCUGCUGCAGAACAAAAGGCGAAUUUCUUGGAUUGCUACAUGGAUCCCCUGAGACUGUCAUUAUCACCUCCUAGGGCCAAGAAACGAGUGUGCUCUCCAUCUCUGUGCAGCUCAGUCAUUACCAUAGGGGAUUUGGUUUUGGACUCUGAUGAGGAAGGAAAUAGUCAAAGAGAAGGAAAGCACAUAUCUACAAGGUGAUAAGGACAUGCUGUUGGUAAAGUGGAGAUAGUGGGACAAGUAGUGGCCAACCAUGAAGAGAAUAUGGAGUCAGUGAUUCACUUAAUCCUCCCUCUUAAGGUAACAAAGUAUUAAUAUGUUUCUGGUCUUUUCUGGCUCAUUUGUAAGCAGUAAUUCAGUCUGCUUAGAUUCCCACAAAAGAUAAGUAGCCAAAGAGCUAUCACAUCCUUGCUCCAUUCUCACUGGAUGAAAGAACAAGUGUUCAUGUUGGGUGAUAGAUAUAUGUCAAAAGCAUAUGAAAAUAUUUUGCAUACAUAAUUUUUACAAGUUUUUUGUAUGCAAAUGUAUCCAAAAGUACAAAAUUUCAUUCAACCAAGCUGAAAGAUAAUGAUGACUUGGCAGGCUCAUAAUCCAACUGCACAACUUGCAAGCAAUAUUACAAUACUUGAAAAAGGUAUUUAAAAGCCACUCUGAAUGUUUAUGUUAUUCUAAGGUGCAAACAUGCAAAUAUGAGAUAGCAGUUGGCUGAGACAACACAAAUCUUUUGGCUGACAAAAAACCCAGUCACGUAUCUGUAGCAACUAGACACUCAGUUUAUCAUUAACACUGUAGCUAAAACUGGUACUAAAUUCUGCUUUCUUAAUAACAUUCUACUGUGAAGAUGUUGAUAAAGGAAGUUGCUCUAGGACGUCAACAGAACUGGGAGAUACACAGGUAUAAUGUGUCAUGAUAAACAUCU